UACGGUGUUUCCAAUGGCGGAAGUUCAAGAACAAGAAGCUUCUUCUUCAAUUCGCGUCGCCGGUGACGGCUUCGACUCUCUUCCCGAUUCCCUCGUUCUUGUGAUAUUUAACUUUGUCUCCGAUGUCAAAUCCUUGAUCCGUUGCAGAGCCGUUUCGAAGCGCUUCAACUCCCUCGUUCCUCAUUCCGAUUCCCUUUUUCUCAAGAUCGACUAUACCGUUUCCUCCGAUUCCGAGUCCGAUCCCGAUUCUGAUUCCGAUUCCGAUUACGUUCCAAACUCCAAAUUAUUCGACUUCUUCAAAACUACCUUGGAAUCGUUCUUCUAUUUUAUGUCCCCUGUUUUCCUCAAAUCCAAAUCGCAGACGUCUCCCGCGCAAAUCCUCCGCCAGUUCCACCGGAUCCAGCGCCUCCAGAUCGAGUUUCCGACUAAGGACCUUGAAGUUGCGAGAGCCGUUAAAUGGAGAGCGGAGUUCGGUGAAACGCUUAGGAGCUGCGUGAUUUUGAGUUUUCACAAGAUUAGGAAAUUCGAUGGUCGGGCGAUGAUGGCUGUGGAUGAUUUCGGUGUCAAUUUCUUCCCAAGGAUGGAAGCGAGAGUGACCUGGUUGAUGCGCACUCUGAUAACGGCGUUGGCGAGGCACCACGUGAUGGUGGAGGUGGUGGUGGAGCAUUUGGAGAUGAAUCAUCUGGUGUUGAGAGACGAGGGAGGGAAUGGUGUGGUGGUGAUCGAGAAGAAUGGUUUAGACGAUAUUAGGAGAUCGAGAGUUUGCGGCGGCGGCGACGGCGGAGAGACAUCGGAGAGACGGACGGCGGAGAGGCGGACGUUGAGAACUAGAGUACCGAGAACGACGGUUAGGAUGAAGUACUGGCCAUUGCUCGAUCUCCAGCACGGGCUAUGUAUGGAGGACGCUACGUUGGUGGUGGUGAGGCCCACUGGAAAUGCCAGCGAGGAUGAAACUGCUGACAUGGGGAAAGAAGACGCUGACUUGGCACUGAGCGCAUUUGAAGAUAAUGAUAUGUACACAGUCGCCGUGGCAGCGUUGUUGACGAAGGGUACUAGGCUUAAGAUGGGGAUAAACUCUUUCUAGAUUUUCCUCUCUUUUCUUUU